AUGCACACGGAGAGACCGGGCGGUGUAACUGUUGGGUUUUCGUUCCAGGCGGUUGAGAGAGUUUGGUCCCCUGUGAUGCAACCGCAAGUGCGAGCUUUGAGUGUUGAAAAGUAG